AUGAAAUUCAAUUCCUCAUUAUGCGUAUUGUCAGCUGUUACAGUCUCGUGUGGAUGUCAGGCUUGGUGGUGCGCAUGCGUGGAGAGGCAAGGUUCGGGCAGCGAGGGUGGUGUCGACGGCGUGGCCUGUAGCGGCGGCUGGAGCUGGUGGUUUGUGUUGGAGCAGCUGGAUGGUGAUGAAGAGGUGCUGUUGCUGGACUGGCAAUGUCUGGCUGCCAGCGUUGACUAUCCACAAGAUGUUGUUGAUGCUGGCGGAGAGGAUUAUGGUCCCACCGGAGCAGAGGUUGAUGUUGCUUUCGCUUGGUUUGUUGAACCCAACAUCGGUUCAUCAAAGUGGCUCAUUUCUAGUUUGGAUGUGGACUUCGGUGUCAGGGCAAGAUUGAGACAGAAGUUCUGUCUCAAAAACAACCUAAUGCAGCUUAUCUUGUGA